AUGUUUAAUAAGAAUAACACGUUAAAUGGAAGUAAAAUCAUCAGUACAUCCUCUAGUGGAUCAGGCUCUCGAGUAUUUGCGGAACAAGUAUCUCGACAGUAUGAAGUGCCACGUGCUAUGACAAAAGAACGUGUCAAAGAGCUUGCUACAAUUGGUGAACGUCGAGCAAAUCAAUUAAUUCGAUGGAUUAUAGAUGAUGAUCAAGGCAUUAGUGGCUCAAUAGCUGCUAAUGCAGUCUUACGUCAACAAAAAGAGAAUUUUACAGUCUAUGAAAUGCAUGAUGAUGUCGAUGACUUAUUAGUCAUGAAAGGUGUUGUACGAUUACAAAAUACAACAUGUGAUGAAGUACUGGCGUUACUAUCAGGUCGUACGGCUGCUGAAGUCGAUGCGUUCUUGCAGGAUUUAUUGGGUGCACAAUACGCAGCUGGACAAGCAUUACACUAUACAGAAGUUAGUACGGACGCAGGGAAUGCACCGGAAUCAGCACUUGAGCUGAAUUCACCACUUGCACCACAAACACCAAGAGGAUCGAAACCUGAAACGUCAUCGCUCAUGAUACAAUGGAUGGCACUUAAUGAUGUGCAUCCACAAGCGCCACUUCGAGAGUUUUUCUUUAUGCGCUUCAAUCAGCGAUAUAGCAAUCGAAACAGCGCCAACAAUUCUUCACUUGGAGGUAGUGCAUCGUAUGGUGUUUCGGUAUUAGAGUCCCUCGAACUGCCAAGGUGCGGUCCUAUCUUUUCGCAGACUCAUAUGCAGCGUCAGGCACUGCACAAGUGCGGUUUUGUGGUCGAGGCGUCCGAGGAAAAGAACUCUAACACUACGCGCGUGUCUUUUUUCAUUUCGGCACCUUACCGUGCGCAUUCACUCGAGCAGGACCGAGCAUGGCUAUUGCGUCUUGCAGGAUGCGUACGGCUAGUGCCAAGUGCUCUUGUGAACCGCCGCAUUCGCCGUAACCAAUUACGUGAUCGUCGGAGCUGGCACUUUCGGGACACUUGUUCAGUGUGUAGCGGUGACUUUUCCAUGUUCACACGCCGCGCUCAUCACUGCCGCAUUUGCGGUUCUGCUGUGUGCUCCAAGUGCUCGGCUAUUCGAAAGGAAACGCAGCGCUCCAAGUUUUCAGGAAGUACGCGUGUGUGCAUGGCGUGCUUGAAUGGCGACCAGAAUGGACUGAAUGGACUAACAGGAUCUUCUAGCACCUGCGAAACUAGCGACGUUGGCCGGACAAGCGCUGGCAACGGAGCAUCGAUUCGUGACAGUGACGGGGAGUGCUUUGGGUGCUCGACACACGUCACGCUGGAGGAAGUCGAUGCUGGAUCAGGAGUUGAGUCAACGCUUGCAGAAAACUUUUUUGGCAGUCCGAGCAACACGUCUAGCAGUGGUUUCAGCCAAGGUGGUGAAGUUGAUGGUGACGUGUACACUAACACACCUUUUGACUACGAAUUGACAUUCACGAAAGGAAAUCCUUGGCCGGAUGCUCCUUUGACGACGACGGAGAAAGAGCGCAUCAAGAUCAUUCAAAGACUGAACCUGUCUCAGGAUUUCGCUAAUACCGUGCUCCGCGAUCUGUUGGAUUUGGCGUGUACGACCGUCAACUGUCCAGUAGCAGCUCUAUCUGUUGUGACAAAAUCUACGAGUUUAUUCGUUACCACGAUUGGUCUUGUGGGUGACCAAGUACCGCGCGACAUUGGCGUAGAUGCGCAUGCACUUAUGUCCCAGGAACCUCUAGUAAUUCUGGACUGCCGAAAGGAUAUUCGAUUUGCAAAGAACCCGUUGGCGUUGUCAAUGCAUGUGCAGUUCUUUUUGGGUGUCCCGAUCUUUGUGAAAGAUUCGGGUGUGGUCGUUGGCGCUAUGUGCAUCGCCGAUACGAAGGCUCGCAACAAAGUUAAGGGUUCGGACCUGCGUGCGCUACAGCUUAUUGCAUCACGCAUUAUCGACAAGAUGGAUGCGCAAAACAAUGAAGCGAUCGAGAAGAUUACGGAUGGCGUGAGGCUUUUGUAA